AUGGCGAAUACUAUUUCAUUAAUUAUUUUUUCAUUACUCUUUAACUCUCUGUUAUCAUUAAAUUUAAAAAAUAAUGUAAAUACCGUUGUGAAUAAUGAUCGUGAAAAAAGUCUUUUAAAAUUGCAAAAAAUUAAAUGCCAACAACCGUAUGUAACACUAAACGUAUAUUCUGGCAGAGAAAAUCCACAAUGGUCGAUUAAUUUAAACCAAAUGCGGAGAGUCAAAAUAAUUAUUAAUCAGACACGUUAUAAUUUAGGAAAAAAUAAUAAAAUAAUAAAAAGAGUCCUUGGUUAUCAAGGUUUUACUGUUCAUUGUCAUCCACUGAAAAAAGUGAGAUUAAAUGAAGAUAUUAUGCUAGUUAAUGGUGUACCUAAAAUAGAACACUAUUUAUUAUCAACUGGUCGUAGAUAUUUGAAACAAUCAAUUCGUAAUCAUGUUAGAAAACAUUUAGGUGAAGUAACAAUGAUACAACAGCCACCUGGAAAUAAUCAAUCUAAAGAUGAUAAUGAUAAUAAUAAUAAUAAUAAUAAUAAUAAUAAUGCACCAUCAAAUACAGUAUGUUCUCGUGUACCUAUUGUCGGACCAGACGUUGUUCCUCUUUAUAAUCCAUAUUCUGAUAAUUAUGGCUGUUUUGUCAGAAUGAUUGAUUAUAAUAAUUGUUAUGCAUACGGUAAUAGAAAUAUGUUUACUAAAUGUUACAUACGUCCAGCAAAGUAA